AGCAAAAGGUGAAAGGUUGGCAGGAGCCGAAAGGAGGAGGAAAAGGAAGGGAGGCGACGCCGGCUGGCGGGUCGGCAGACCCGUACACGGACCCGGCGGACGUGCCCAGCAACCGGGCAGGGAAUAGCCGCUCUGCGAAGGCGACGUCGUAGUGUAUCCGACGAGGCUUUGCUGGAAUAGCGCGCAGCGACGGCUUGGUGACCGCCGGGGCGAUUGCCUCCACCGCGGGUCCAGGAGCUCUUGCUCCCGUUACCGCUCACAACUGCUGCUUCCGUCUCCGGACAUGCCGGUCAAAAAGGAGCAGGCGACGGGUUUUAACCACGGAGCGCCAGGCAAGGAGACGAGGCUGCUCUCUCGGGCGCUCGGCUUCUGCGGGGCUACUUGCUGAGCCUUCGCUGCGCCUCCGCCAGGGCAGGUGGCGCGUCUGGUGCGCUUGACGCCAACCCUUUUGCUGGGAACUUUUGGGGCCCCGAAUUUGCCCGACGGGAGGAAGGCGUGCUUGAGCGACGCGGAGGAAAGCCGCUCCAAGGGCUGCGCUUGGCUUGUGCUCUUGGCUUCACGGGGUAAGGAGGAAGAUCACAAGGCAGCUGAGCGGAGAGCGAGAGUGGGCUGCCCACCGCGUCGUGCGCCUCAGCACUGCUAGCCCGCGCCCCGCCCAGAGAGGGGUUCGGUUGGCUUCAUUCACCCGGUCUAGGCAGCAAAAGAGAGAACUUCAAGCUAUUUUGCUGAACGUCUAAAGAGGAUUAUUCCUGUAUUGUUUAGCUCAAUACCUUGUUAACAGCUGGAGCCACUACUUCACAAGGUCAAAGAAUAAUUUGCUCUGUUCAGCUUCCUUGAUCUCUCUUGCUGAGCCAAAUACACUAUUGUUUGCCAGCACUGUGUUAAGCACUCUCUGGAUUUCCCUUGUUCCUGGGACCUUCAUCUCUUAUUCCCAUUUGCCCUCAUACAUCAAAGCCAUGGGCUGUUUCUGUGCAGUCCCAGAGGAAUUUUAUUGUGAAGUUCUGCUUCUGGAUGAAUCCAAAUUGACCUUAACCACCCAGCAGCAGGGCAUAAAGAAGUCAACGAAAGGGUCGGUUGUCCUAGGCUACGUAUUCCAGCAUUUAAACCUUGUGGAGAUAGAUUACUUUGGACUUCGUUACUGUGACAGAAGUCACCAGACGUACUGGCUGGAUCCUGCAAAGAGCCUUACAGAACAUAAGGAACUCAUAAACACUGGUCCUCCAUAUACACUGUAUUUUGGGGUUAAAUUCUAUGCAGAAGAUCCUUGCAAACUAAAGGAAGAAAUUACCAGGUAUCAGAUAUUUUUGCAAGUGAAACAAGAUGUCUUGCAAGGCCGCUUGCCUUGUCCUUUCAACAUUGCUGCUCAACUGGGAGCUUAUGCAAUACAAUCUGAACUUGGGGACUAUGACCCGUACAAGCACACUGCUGGCUAUGUAUCAGAAUACCGCUUUGUUCCGGACCAGAAAGAAGAAUUAGAAGAUGCUGUAGAACGGAUACAUAAAACUCUGAUGGGCCAAGUUCCAGCUGAGGCAGAAAUGAAUUAUUUAGGAGUUUCAAAAACACUUGAAAUGUAUGGAGUUGACCUUCAUCCUGUCUAUGGUGAAAACAGAUCUGAAUAUUUUUUAGGAUUAACCCCUGUUGGAGUGGUUGUCUAUAAGAAUAAAAAGCAAGUUGGAAAGUAUUUCUGGCCUAGAAUUACAAAGGUCCACUUCAAGGAAACUCAGUUUGAACUCAGAGUCCUAGGAAAAGAUUGUAAUGAAACCUCCUUCUUUUUUGAAGCACAUAGCAAAACCGCAUGCAGAAAUUUAUGGAAAUGCUGUGUAGAACACCAUACAUUCUUCAGGAUGCCAGAAAAUGAGUCCAGUUCUCUGUCAAGAAAACUUGGUAAGCUGGGAUCCCUUCGUUAUAAGCAUCGUUAUAGUGGGAGGACAGCUUUGCAAAUGAACAGAGACAUCUCCAUCCAGCUUCCUCGACCUGACCAAAUUGUUGAAAGAACUCGCAGUAAGACUUAUCCAAAAAGAAUGCCAAAAAUGCAACAGACUGGAUCACAUUGUACAAAGCAGUCUGUAAUACACAAAGAGUUCGGAGAAAAUGAACAAACUACCAGAAUUAUUGCCCCCUCACCAAUAAAAAGUUUUAAGAAAUCAAGAAAUGAAAGCAGCCCAGAAACCCAGAGAAGUAAAGCUUGUGCACCAUGGGAAGAAAACUGCUCUCAGAGUGGGCUUUAUAAUUCUCCCAGUGACCGAAACAGAUCACCAAAGUUUCCUUAUUCACAACGACGGCACCUUUCAGGUGGAAAUGAAAAUGAACCUGGUCAGCCACUCAGAAGGAGAUCGCGAUCCCGUUGUAAUACCAGCAGUGGUAGUGAGUCAGAAAAUUCCAACAGAGAACACCGUAAGAAGAGAAACAGGUUACGGCAGGAAAAUGAGAUGGUUGAUUCAGCUCCUCAGUGGGAAGCAGUUCUAAGGAGACAGAAAGAGAGAAACCAAUCUGACCCCAAUCAUCGACGAUCCAGGCACAGAUCUCGCUCGAGAAGUCCAGAUGUGCAAGCAAAGGAAGAAUUGUGGAAACACAUUCAGAAGGAACUCGUGGACCCAUCAGGCCUCUCUGAGGAACAAUUAAGAGAGAUUCCUUACACCAAAGUAGAAACUCAAGGUGACCCUGUUCGCAUUAGGCACUCUCAUUCUCCUCGGAGCUGUCGUCAGUCUCGACGGUCCCAGUGUUCUGAUGGGGAGAGAUCUGUUCUUUCAGAAGUGAACUCUAAAAUGGACCUUGUGUCUCCAUUACCUGUAACUCGCUGUUCAGAUGCACAGUACUCCACCAUCACAGUAGCUCACAAGAGGAGAAACGGAUCUAAAGACAGCUUGUUAGAAGACAAGACAGAGUCAUCCAUUAACCUGGAUGGAAGGCAUAGCACAAAGACAGUAAAAAUUGUUCAAGCAUCUCGGCUCAAGAUGGAGGCCUGAUUCCAAUGAAUACUGAAUGAAUGCCACUUCUUGCAUUUGUGGAUGACACACAAGUUCAAAUAUACCUUCACCAAAAGAUGUCUGCUUUGACUUAAACAGAAGAUAUUAAUCAUGAAAGAACAUUUGAACUGCUGCUUCAUUGCUCUGGAGCAGACAUUGUUUUCCUCCUUCAGCAUUCCUAUCUAAAGCACUGGGCAGAAAGUCUGCUGCUGACUUGCUAGCAAUCCUUAUGGCAAAAAAGCAACUGUUACCAACUACUAGUUCCAAAACCAUGUCAGAUUAAAUUUUAUGUCAACCUAUCUUAAGAACUGCUUCACUCCAAGACCUACAGAUAUUUUUUCCAAAUGCGCAAUGGUAAAUGUUUUUCACAUUCACUUGUUCAAUUUAUAUGCUGGAUGGGAAUUGCAAUUCUUAUAUCUGUACUUGUCUGGCAAUAUCACAUGCCACUGUUUAAUCUUUUAUUAGAAUGUGACAAAAUGAACUCUUCAUACAAGUAUUGGUUAUGAAAAAGGAGACUUUUUUCAAGAAUUUUGUAUGCUAAUUUCAAUGAACUCUUGUAUUUGGAUUUAGGCAUUUCUGAAUAAUUUGUAAUAGUUAAACCAUUGCCACAGCUCUUAGGGCACUUACCUUAUUCUGCAGUUUUGAAUAUGGCAUCCAAUUAUAGUGCAGAAUAUAACGAUUUUUAGAAAAGCUUUUUUUUUAAGCCUUAAAGAAAGGAAUGCAUCUGAAGCAAGCACUGGAUUCUUUGAAACCUCCCUUGCUAUUGGCUGUGAAGAGUUUUAUUUCAGUUGUUGGUUUUUAAGCAACUGCCUAUUCAGAUGUUCCUGUACAUUCUGAUGGCUGAGAGUUUAAAUUGUCAAUAGAAAAAGCCUACAAGUGCAGGUAUUAGUGCAAAGGGAACUGAUACAUUUAUCCCUGUUGCAGUGACUGCUCAUAAACCAAUGAAGCCCCACAAGUCAUCAAUUCUGUUGCAUAGCAGGGCAGAUACCGUGGAGAACAGAAUUUAAAAUUCAUGUUUAGCUCCUCUUUCUUCCUUAUCCUCAGUGUGAAAAGAUGGGUGGGAGAAGGGAAACAGACCAGACUGGGAUCACAGCAAAGCCUUCAACUUCCGUUGUUUCACUGUGGGUGUUCAAUUAUUUUUCUGAAUAAACAAUUGUGAAGAUUUUGGUUUUUAA